AUUCGCGCAGGGGUAAAUCCGCCCAGGGGUAAAUUCGCGCAGGGGUAAUUUAAAUUUUCGCGCCGAAUUUGAAGAAGAAAAGGCGGAAAUUCUUCCGAGAGCAGACAAUAAUGCAAGUCAUCCGUAAUCGUCAUAUCGUAGUCAUAAACCGCUAUGAGACGGGACCGAGUGCAGCUGCAGAGGCUAGUGUAAACCGCAAAAGGAAAAGGAGGUGACACAAACGAAACGCCAGAAAAAGGGUUUUUGUGCAAAGUGCAGCUCGUUAGGUGCAAGUACAAUUUUGGCUGACGCAAACUUAAUCCCAAACGGAAUCAUCUGUGGACUCUGUCUGUGGCCGGUCCUGUAAAGACAAGAAGUCUACAUCCUCUGAAUAGUUUGCGAAGGCCCAGGAAGCUGGAUCAGAGCUGAAAGUCGUACUCUAAAUUUGUGCACUAAACUCUCUCUGAAGAAGAAGAAGGAGAAGGAAGAGGAGGAGGAGGAGCAGGAGGAAUCAUCUGUAUCUGGAGGAAUCUGUAAAAUGGGCAACCCCGUAAAUAUUAACCAGUCAGCAAACCACCCGGACGAGCCAACCAGCCCAGCAAGAUCACCUCGUUUUCCUCGUCUGUUGAAAAUAAUAGGAUUGGUCGUUGUUGUGGUAAUUUUUGUGGUAUUUGGUGUGGCCUGCUACAUGUAUUUCACCCAACCUCGAUCGACGGAGCCGCCCCCAUCUACAAAGACGGAUGAUGUGGUUUCAGACUCGUUCGGUAACAUUUGCGGCGUUGACAAUCAACCGGUUUCCGGCUUGCCUCUGUCCGGCAUGAAUAUGACAGGUAGACCCUACAAGUACACCUUUGGAUACAACGGGGUUAGCAUCUGCGUGCCGGAGUGCCCCCAGCGUGACAUUCCGAAUGAGGCUGAAUUGUAUCGAUACUACCAGGAGCGGCAGGUCAUGUACUGUCAGUACGAUUUCAACAUGAGCCGCAUGCUGCAUGCUCCGGAAGGAUCCUUGCAACAAUACGCGAUACUGGCGCUAAAAAACGAAUCAAAGAUGGCGCGCUUUACAAAACGCUACGGUAACACAAAUAAUGAUAUCUGCCGCCUGUGUUUAAAAAAUGAAGCACACAUGGAGCCCCUGUUCUACGCCAAUCUCUUCCCCAACAUUCUGCUCACGAAGAAGAUCUACGAUUGCACCUCGAUCCAGAUCAUCUACGAGCGCAACCUGCCCAUGUUCGUGUGCAAACUGUGCGCCAACAAGCUGGACGAGUAUGUGCGCUUCCGCGAGCGCUGCAUCGCCAACGAUGACUUCCUGCGGAGCGCACUGGCCUCGUUCGAUAUGGCGGGCAGCUGCAAUGGUGGCGCGGUACUUGCCGGUGGCGGGAUGAUAAAAAGGGAACCGGAAGAUACGUCAACACCGUUGGUGGUGGCAGGACUACCACCACCACCACCCCAACCGCAACCGCAACCGCAACCUCAUGCUCCUCAACAACAGUGUCGUCUCGGUGUCAUACCAAUAGCGGAGUUAAACUGUGCCCUGGCCGCAGCCGCUGCUGCUGCUGCUGCGGCAGCAGCAAGGACUAAUGGAAUGGCCACUCAGCCGCUCGGCAAACAGGAACCGCCAGAUGAAGAGAAACCUCCCACCAUGGCGGAAGAUUAUCGAACAGCAACGGUUAACAGUGGAGUUGGGCAGCUUCAUCAGAGCUUGUCACUGAAAAGCGAUGGCACCGAUGGUGAGGAAGGCGAAGAAGACGUGGAAGAGGAGGAUGAGGAGGACGAAGAAGAAGAUGAGGAAGAUGAUGGAGGGCGGUACGUGUGUGAGGUGUGCCCGAAAUCCUUCAAGGUGCACCAUCAUCUACUCGUCCACAGCCAUACGCAUCUCCUGGACAAUCAGCAUACACGUGGUACGGUGGACACCAUCAUGGACCGGAAUGUGGUCGGUCCGCCAGUGGCAACUGCUGGGGCUGGUGGUAAACCGGCGUAUAGUUGCCCUAAGUGUGCCAAGGUGUUUGUAAAUCGGGGCAAUCUGCUCAAUCACCUCGAUACGCACACGAACGAGAAGAGCUAUGCCUGCGAUAUCUGUUCGAAAUCCUUCAAGUACAACGUACAGCUCCGGUUGCAUAUGCGCAUCCAUACCGGUGAACGACCGCACAAGUGUGAAAUAUGUAACCGAGGCUUCUCGCAGCUCUCCAAUCUGCGCUCCCACCGGAAGACUCACUCCAAAGUUAAACCCUACAAGUGCCAUUUGUGUCUGAAGAGUUUCACCGUGCUGGACAACCUGACGGCGCACAGUGCCAAGUGCCUCAAGGACAAAUUCCGCUGUACGCUCUGUUCGAAGUCGUUUGCCAAGGAAGGCAAUCUGCUGGCGCACCUACAGUCCCACAGCGAGGGCAUCAUGGAGAAGAUGUUCAAGUGUGAGAUGUGCCCGAAGAGCUUCAAGAACAAGGAGGACUGGAAACGGCACGUGCGGGUACACACCGGUGAGAAGCCGUACACGUGCGAUAUUUGCUCGAAAGGAUUCGCCCAGAAGGCGAAUCUCCUGUCGCAUCGUAAGACACAUCUCAAGCCUACCGUCAUCUACAAGUGUGACCGGUGUGACCGAACAUUCCGCACGCAGAAGGUUCUCGAUCUGCACCAUCCGAAGUGUACCGGGGCGGAGCCGGCGCUACGCACGGAACCAGCAAGGCUCGUCACCACUUCUCAGGGCGGUUCACCGAGCCCGGUACUGGCCGUAACACCGCCAGUGACGGCACUAGCCACUCCGACACUCUCGGAAGCCUUGUCUGAUUUGCUGCGGUAUGAGAUUGCACUGAGGGCACCACUGGAAUUGCAGCAAAUGCUGCUCGGGGCCGUCGGAAGUGAUCAACCGGGUGAUACAGCAGGAGUUGCAGGAUCAGGCGAAGGAGUGGUCGGUGGAACAGUCGUUGGAGGACGGGCUUCUGGAAGGCGUUAUCGGUGUGAUGUUUGCUUCAAGGGUUACUCGCAGUACCCAUCGCUGAUCAAACACCGGAAGCUGCAUUUCAAGGUACCGCCACUGGUGAAAACAGGGAAGGAGAAAACCGAUCAAAACGAAUGUGAGCUUCGGGAUGGAAUGGCCACUGGUGACGGUGCCAUCGAGGGUGAAGAUACGCCACCGGAACCACAAUCAGCGUCACCGACAGGAGGAGGAGCAGCAGUUGCACCUGCAACGUUCAUCAAGGACCUGCCAUCGGUUCCCGGACAUAAGGGCAUCGGCAGCGGUGGUGGCGGGACGAUUACCGAUCGACCGUACGGCUGUGAUAUCUGUGGUAAGACCUUUAAAUACAAUCGUAACCUGAAGGUUCACGCAAAGCUGCACAUCCGAGCGAACCGUUUUAAGUGUGACAAGUGUACGAACACCUUUGCACAGGCGGAAGAUUUGAGGCACCAUCUGCGCACCCACCCGAUCGCUGCCGAGAGGAUCUUCAGUUGCGAGUACUGCUCGAACAUGUUUCGAUCGAACGAGGACCUGAAGCGUCACCGGCGGUCACACACCGGGGAACGGCCGUUCCAGUGCCGGCGCUGUCCGAAGGCCUUUACCCAGCUGUCGAAUCUGCGGACCCACACGAAGAUCCACGACCGCGAAAAUGUCCCUUCGGAAGACGGCGGAGUGGAGACGACUGCCCCACCGGCCACCGUCGAAAGCAGUAGCCCCUCCGUGGCUGGAGCGGAUUCCGCUGGUAGCAAGAAGAAAGGAGGUUCACGGAACAAAAAGCAACAGAAUGGCAAAGCGAAAUCGCCACCGGCGGCCGGAUCAACAACGGUCACUGCGAAUGGUCAUGUCGAGAAUGGAGUCAACGGUCAUAACAGCUCAGAGGAAUCGGAAACGACAACGGGCAGCGGCGAGGCUACCGGUGCCGAUGGAAAUGCUACUGGCGGUGAUAAGACGAAGGGUGCCGGUGUUGCUGGUGGAGGCGGUGCAGAGGACGAUUCGAACGAUGUGAUGCGCUUGAUGCAAGAGACUGGCUUCACGGUGCAGAUCCUUUCGCCGGGUGUGGAAUCACUGUCGAUUCAGGUGUCGAGCAUGGAGCUGGUGCAGGAGAUACACCAGCUGCUGAUGGAUCGCGAGGAUACAUGCCACCGAACGUGCUUUUCGCUGCAGCUCGGUAACACGACGCUCGAUAACUUUGCAGAACUGAAAAACAUCGAGGGCCUUAAGGAAGGUUCGGUGAUCAAGGUGGUCGAGGAACCGUACACGAUGCGUGAAGCUCGCAUACACGUGCGCCAUGUGCGUGAUCUGUUGAAAUCGCUUGAUCCGGCCGAUGCGUACAAUGGCGUGGACUGCAAUUCGCUUACCUUCCUCAAUACGAUCACACAGGGAGAUAUACUGGAGAAGAAGAAGCUACGCCAGGACAGUGUUGACUGUACGCCACCAGAUUUCAUUAUGCCGGGUGCCCAGGAGCGACCGCUGUUACCGUUGCAACCGGGUACGGGCAAAAAGGGAUCUCCCCAGCCACUGAAGGUUCUGACGACGUCGGCAUGGAAUCCACCGCCUGGACCACGCAAACUACAUGGCGAUCUGAUGUAUCUGUACGUGGUUACGAUGGAGGAUAAGCGGUUCCAUCUGUCCGCGUGCCCCAGGGGCUUCUACGUCAAUCAAUCGACGGAUGAUACGUUCGAUCCACGGCCAGCCUCCCCGAGUUACCUCUCACAUUCGUUGAUCGAUUUGCUGUCGCAGAUAUCGCCCACCUUCCGCCGGUGCUUCCCGUUGAUGCAGAAAAAACGCACACAGCGACAUCCGUUCGAGCGUGUCGCGACACCCUAUCAAGUGUAUACGUGGGCUGCACCGGCACUGGAACACACGAUCGAUGCGAUCCGGGCCGAGGAUACGUUCUCCUCGAAGCUUGGCUACGAGGAACACAUUCCCGGCCAAACGCGCGACUGGAACGAGGAGCUACAGACGACGCGCGAGCUACCGCGAGCGACGCUGCCGGAGCGUCUGCUGCGUGAAAGAGCCAUCUUCAAGGUGCAUAGUGAUUUUGUGACGGCUGCGACUCGUGGUGCGAUGGCCGUCAUCGAUGGCAACGUAAUGGCCAUCAAUCCAGGCGAAGAAUCGAAGAUGCAGAUGUUUAUCUGGAAUAACAUUUUCUUCUCACUCGGGUUUGACGUGCGCGAUCACUACAAGGAACUGGGAGGUGAUGCAGCGGCCUUUGUCGCUCCGCGUAACGAUCUGCACGGAGUGCGCGUGUACAGUGCGGUCGAUGUCGAGGGGCUUUACACUCUCGGUACGGUUGUGAUCGAUUACCGGGGGUAUCGCGUGACGGCACAAUCCAUCAUCCCUGGUAUACUGGAGCGUGAACAAGAGCAAUCGGUGGUGUACGGAUCGAUAGACUUUGGCAAAACGGUGCUGACACACCCGAAGUACCUGGAGCUGCUAAACAGUGCCGGUAAGCAUCUGAAGGUGCUGCCCCACAGUGUGUACAAUGAUAAGGGCGAGGCAAUCGAGCUGUGCUCGUCGGUCGAGUGUAAGGGUAUCAUCGGUAACGAUGGUCGCCACUAUAUUCUGGAUCUGUUGCGUACCUUCCCACCGGAUGUGAACUUCCUUGUGCUAUCGAAGGGCGAGGGAGAUGAUGAGGAUGAGACGGUGCUGGGCAAGGAAAGCCAAGCGAUGGGCUUCCCGAUCGAACAUCGGCACAAACUGUGCAGCCUGCGGCAGGAGCUAUUGGAAGCGUUCGUCGAGAAUCGCUAUCUGAUGUUUAUGAAGCACGCGGCCAUACAGUUGCAGCAGUGCGUAAAGAAAAAGCAAGACCAAAGCAAGGCCAAUGCGACCGAGGCAAAGGAAGCGUUGAAGGCUGUCGAAUCGGAGUCGACGGUUGCUACGACGACGGCAUCCAAGGAGCUAGUUACGGCCGCAGACUCGGAUUUGGCCGAUGAGAAGGCGUUGAAAAAAACGGAAAGCGCAAUCAAGCAGGCGGCAGCGGCAGCUGCGGCGGCUGCAGGAAGCGCUGCUGGAACGAAGACGCUGGUCGAAUCAUUGGCCUCGAGUGAGGAGAUGAAUGAAAGCAAAGAGGUGGUGAAGCGCGUGUGUGAAGCGGUGGGAUCGCUGAAGGAGUACGAGUUCGAUAUUCGCUUCAAUCCGGACGUGUACUCCCCGGGCAUUCGCCAUGUGGUGGAUGGUGGUGCAGCCGGGCCUGCCUGCUCACUACGCAAACAGAAGCAACUUGUGAAGGAUGCGGCCGAGUUCCUGGUGAAGCAUCAGAUACCCAGCUUCGUGCACGAGUGUCUCGAUCACUCGUCCGCCCCGAUGGAUGGUGUCACGCUGACAGAAACGCUGCACAGCCGUGGCAUCAACGUUCGCUACCUGGGCAAGGUGGCCGAUCUGUUGGCAAAGAUCAAGCAGCUCGAGUAUCUGCACACGAUCGCAGUUUCGGAGCUGAUCGUACGUGCCACCCGGCACAUCUUCACGGUGUACAUGCAGCAGACGGAUAUGCUGAGUAUGGCGUCCGCAAUUAGUCAUUUUUUGAAUUGCUUCCUCACCGUAUCGAACAAUGGUUGGGUAGCGACGACCAGUGCCGCCAAUGGGAUUGGCCCGGGCGGAUUAGAUGAGUUUGGUUCGAAGACAACCAAAAAGCAGGGCGGCGGCAAGCAGAACAAACGGGGAAAGAGUGGCAGUGGAGGUAAGGCGGCGUUCCAGACGCCGGCCAACGAUAGCAGCGAGUGGCAGACGCUUACCUCGAAGGCGCUCUGGGGACAGAUUAAGCAGGAGCUGAAAUCGUACUGGGGCUACGAGCUGACCGUGCCUUCCGUGACGACAAUCGAGUCGAUCGACCACCUGAUCGGGCAUUUCAAGCUGCAGAAGGUUAGUCUGCUGCGAGCGUUCUGCCUGAAGACGGGAGUCCAGGUGCUACUGCGGGAAUACAACUUUGAGCUUAAGAAUCGCGCCACGUUCUCCGACACAGACAUCGUGAACGUGUUCCCGGUGGUGAAGCACAUCAAUCCACGUGCCAGCGAUGCGUACAAUUUCUACACGACGGGGCAAACGAAGAUACAGCAGGGUUACUUCCAGGAUGGUUAUGGGCUGAUUAGUGAAGCGCUGAACCUACUGAAUAACGUGUACGGUGCGAUCCAUUCGGAGAAUGCUCAGUGCCUGCGGAUGCUGGCUCGGUUAAGCUACAUCAUGGGCGAUCCACAGGAAGCACUUGGCAUCCAGCAGCGAGCGGUGCUGAUGAGUGAGCGUGUCAAUGGAAUCGAUCAUCCUUAUACCAUCUCGGAAUAUGCACAUCUUGCAUUGUACUGCUUCGCCAAUAGCCAAAUAACCACGGCGCUUAAACUGCUUUACCGUGCACGCUAUCUGGCGACGAUUGUGUGUGGAGAGAACCAUCCGGACAUUGCCCUCAUGGAUAGCAAUAUAAGUUUGAUCCUGCAUGCCGUCGGCGAGUAUGAGUUGUCGCUGCGCUUUUUGGAGCAUGCGCUGGCCCUCAAUAUCCGGUACCACGGUGAAAAAUCGCUCAAGGUGGCUGUUAGCUACCAUCUGGUAGCACGAACCUAUAGCUGUAUGGGUGAUUUCCGAUCGGCACUAACUAACGAAAAGGAAACAUAUGCCAUCUACAAGCAACAGUUUGGCGAUGAGCAUGAAAAGACACAGGAAUCGUUCGAGUGUUUGCGCCACCUGACGCAACAAGCGGUCGUACUGCAGAAGAAGAUGGUGUGCGCUAACGGGAACCUGCGUAACAGUGGAUUGCCUCCGAUUCACAUUCAGCCCCCGUCUAUGGGCUCGGUGCUCGAUAUGCUGAAUGUGAUCAACGGUAUCAUCUUCGUACAAAUUAGCCCCAAAGAGAUAGCCAAUUUCAAGAGUGAGAUUGAGAAGCGCCAAAAGGAUGCCGCGACCGCAUCAGCAACGACGACGACUCCCGGCCCGGCAGCAGUUCAAGCCAAUCAGGAAGAAGUAGAUCGUAUGCUGACGGAAACGAUGCAAAAGACAGCCGCUGGAAUACCAUUCGAGGAACAGUCCGAUGACGGCGCUAAAGCGUCCACUGUGACGGUGGAAGAAUCUGUCAAGAAGGUAGAACAAGUGUCGGCAUCGAGCUGAAGUCAUCUACCAUUAGCGCUCGCCGUUUGCCUUGGUUCAACGUAGUACGUCUCUUGGAGGGGCAUGUAAACGCUUUCUUUUUUCAAACCAUUUUCAUCUGUUUGGUAUGUGACGAAAUGGAAUGUGCCGUUGUUACAAUCGGUCGUAGAGCGGCUUCGAUGGGGGGAGUGGGGGGUAAUGCGAAGGUCGCCGUAAAGCUUGUAGACGUAGAACGUUUCUCAGUUUACUAGAAGACGGAGUUGGUUCCGUUACCAUCUUUACACACAGUAAUCGAUUCGAAUCCCGCCACCAGAACGCAGGCCAGACCAGUUCUCAGAGGAACACUUAAGGUUUGGGGAGAGGUACUAGGAGAGAACGCAAGUGGAAAUAAACGCGUUCGAAUUAGGAUAAGAAACACAUAAAUCUAGGAAGGGUAAGGAUCAACCGGAAGAGGAUUUUCGGUGCUUUUUUAAGGUGCAAUUUGUUACUGUUCUACUCAAGCAACCGCGCUAGGCCAUUUGAACCAAACAUAAUGUUCCUUCUCGUUGAGGUUGAAAAGGCAGGGAAACGUUACCGCUAAGCGUGUUGCAAAGGAGCAAUCCUACCUUCCUCAACGAUACGACAGAAAUAACAGCGCGCGCACACACGGCAACAGUCAACUGAACACAAAGACAUUGUAAGGUAGUUCUCUCGUGCACAUCACAAUAGAAGAAGGACAAAUGCAGAAGGUCAGGCCAUUGCCUGCCAAUACUACUCAUCACAGAAGGAGACCACAAACGCGCACAUAUUGGAAUCGCACGAUCCCCUUAGCUAGGCUUAUACAGUUCGAUGCAAUGGAUUAAUCAAACGUGAGACGCGCCGAAUAGAUAGCGUUGUCAUCAGCACAGAACACAUACGUGCGCUGGUGUCAGCGAGUCAGUCAAGAGACGGCAUCUCGCGGUUUCACGAGCCUUUUUCUGUCGAUUGAAUCCUUAUUUCACUUACGUUGCCUUGACCUGUUGAGUUGUAGAAGAGUGUGUAGCGUAGAGAAGAGUAGAAUAGCCUUGACACUGCCACCACUGUUACUGAGUUGUAAGUAGGUGGGGGAGGAUGUGUGAUUGUAAGCGUGUGUGAGUGUGCGUGUGUCUAGUAAAGAAUUCACCAAGCCAGGGGGCGGCAAAGAAGCUGUUGUGCAGCGGCAGCACAUCGAGAGGGAGAGAGGGUCAGUUUUGCCAAAUUUCAUUUCAGUGUUCUUGAUGAGCAUAAAAAGGCGAACAGUGACAGCAGAGUAGCAGGCCACAACAGCACAACAGCAAUAGCAACUUAGAAUAUGAAUCGAAAUAGUUUUGUUUUUUUUUUCACUUAUUUUUAGACAUCGCAAUCAAUAGUAGAGCGCGCAGAAAGUGAGUAGUUAAGGCGUGGAGCACAAAGCAGAUCGAGAUAUGAAAUCAGAGCUGAAAUAGGAAGCGAGGCGACCGAAAAACAUCAAACAUGAAAACAAUAAUAAACUUAUCAAAACCGUAGAGUUCCACAAA